GCGAGGGCCUGGACCUCUUUCCAUCCGUCCGUCAAAGCCUCCAUCUCCUUUGCAUCCGAUCUUCAGAGCAGAAACAGUCUAUCAGUACGUGAGGAUUGGAGCUGGAGUAUGGGAUGCUGAUCAAGCGUCCAGUAUAAAGACGACGAGAUCGCCAAAUUGCGAGUGUCAGACGCAACAUCAAGCCAUCGUCGAUGUUACCGACGCCUCUGCUGCAGAGGCGGGUCAUCUCGGCUCGCGGCUUCUGUCCUUACUUCAGCAAGCUUCGGAUGGGAUUUUGCAGCUUACCAGAAGCUCUGCUCCAACAAGGUCGUGUUCGGGACAGUCAAGCCAUGCUUACAGCCAGCUUCGCAAUCCGAGCUCCAAACCUGCUAGGCCUCGAAGCAAAUCAGCGCGUUCUUCUGUUCAGCAGCCGCAUGGUGGCGGAUGCGAGCAAGAGUGAUUCUGCCCGUGCUUUGAGCCGCUUCAGUAAACUCCCCGACGAUCGUGAACAGAGCGAUUGCCCGGGGCAGGAAGAGACCGACUCGGGCGAUGCGAGGACAAGGCCUUCAUUUCCGGCUUUGGAGCUCUUUCGUGACAAUCUUCGCAAAAUCCAGCGGUGGAAUCGCUCGCCAGGCGGUUCGAAGGCAGACGGCGAGGAAGAAGGGCACAGCACAGAUGACGAUGGCAGAUCGGGCAAAGGACUGGGGGGAAGCUGAGCGCCAAGCAGCUCGCGGACGAUCAGCUCGCUGCAUGGAAGCGUUGGCUUGGCAGGGAGUACGUCUAGCGAUCCUCUUCGUGAAUGCUUAUGGAUGACCA